GGAAGGAAGAAAACAAAAACCCUUCAAUUGAAGAACGGAAAAAUCAUCCGAUGGGUCGAUUAGAUGUAGCUGCAGCGAAGAGAGCUUACCGGAAAGCAGCGGAAGUGGGUGACCGGAGGGAAGAGGCGAGGUGGGCUAACAAUGUCGGCGAUAUCCUUAAGAAUCAUGGAGAGUACGUUGAUGCUCUCAAGUGGUUUAGGAUCGAUUACGAUAUCUCCGUCAAGUAUUUACCUGGGAAAGAUUUGUUACCUACUUGUCAGUCUCUUGGCGAGAUCUAUCUCCGUCUCGAGGAUUUCGAAGAAGCCUUGAUUUAUCAGAAGAAGCAUUUACAGCUAGCUGAAGAAGCUAAUGACACUGUGGAGAAGCAAAGAGCAUGUACUCAACUUGGUCGUACCUACCAUGAGAUAUUCUUGAAAUCUGAGGAUGAUUGUGAAGCCAUUCAAAGUGCUAAAAAGUACUUUAAGAAAGCCAUGGAACUUGCACAGGUUCUCAAGGAGAAACCACCUCCUGGUGAAUCUAGCGGAUUUCUUGAGGAAUAUAUUAAUGCACAUAACAACAUCGGUAUGCUUGACCUUGAUCUUGAUAAUCCUGAAGCAGCUUGUAGUAUUCUCAAGAAAGGACUGCAGAUUUGCGAUGAAGAGGAGGUGAGAGAAUAUGAUGCUGCCCGGAGUAGGCUUCAUCAUAACCUUGGAAAUGUUUUUAUGGCGCUGAGAAGUUGGGAUGAAGCAAAGAAACACAUCGAGAUGGAUAUUAAUAUCUGUCAUAAGAUCAAUCAUGUCCAAGGAGAAGCCAAGGGGUAUAUCAAUCUAGCUGAAUUACACAACAAGACCCAAAAGUACAAUGAUGCACUUUUAUGUUAUGGUAAAGCUUCUACUCUAGCGAAAUCUAUGCAAGACGAGAGUGCAUUGGUUGAACAGAUAGAGGAUAAUAUCAAGGUAGUCAAGAAAUCCAUUAAAGUUAUGGAAGAAUUGAGAGAAGAAGAGCUUAUGCUUAAGAAGUUGUCUGCAGAAAUGACUGAUGCCAAAGGCACUUCGGAGGAACGAAAGUCUAUGCUCCAAGUACAUGCUUGUCUUGGACGUCUUAUUGAUAAAUCUAGCAUGGUAUCCGCAUGGCUGAAGCAUCUUCAAUUUUCAAAAAGGAAGAAGAAAAUAUCAGAUGAACUCUGUGACAAGGAAAAGCUUAGUGAUGCCUUCUUGAUUGUUGGAGAAUCUUACCAAAAUCUCAGAAAUUUCAGAAAGUCCCUGAAGUGGUUCAAUAGAAGUUAUGAGGGAUAUGAAGCAAUCGGUAAUCUGGAGGGUCAAGCGCUAGCGAAAAUUAAUAUUGGUAAUGGUUUGGACUGUAUUGGGGAAUGGACAGGAGCACUCCAGGCAUAUGAAGAGGGAUACAGAAUUGCUUUGAAAGCUAAUCUUCCUUCAAUUCAGCUUACUGCACUGGAUCAUAUGCACUAUAGCCAUAUGAUGAGAUUUGGGAAUGCUCAAAAAGCCAGGGAAUUGAAGGACAAAAUACAAAAUCUGAAGGAGUCAGAACAUGCUGAGAAAGCCGAAUGUAGUACGCAAGAUGAAUGCUCUGAAACCGAGUCAGAAGGGCAUGGGAAUAUAUCAAAUGAUAGGCCAAAUGCAUGUAGCUCACCAGAACCCCAAACACCAAAUUCACUUAGAUCAGAACGGUUAGCAGAUCUGGAUGAAGCAAAUGAUGAUGUGCCUCUAAUUUCAUUUCUCCAGCCUGGAAAACGUCUGUUCAAAAGGAAACAAGUUUCAGGAAAACAAGAUGUUGACACUGAUCAGACUAAGAAAGAUUUCUCUAUAGUAGCAGACUCUCAGCAGACAGUUGUUGGUCGCAAGCGUGUUCGUGUAAUCCUCUCUGAUGAUGAAAGUGAAACCGAAUAUCAGUUGGGAUGCCCUAAAGACAGUUCUCACAAAGUUCUAAGGCAGAAUGAGGAGGUUUCUGACGAAAGUAUGUAUUUUGAUGGUGCUGUUAAUUAUACGGAUAAUCGUGCCAUCCAAGAUAAUGUAGAAGAAGGUUCUUGCUCGUAUACGCCUCUCCAUCCCGUUAAGGUGGCUCCAAAUGUCAGCAAUUGUAGAUCUUUGAGCAACAAUAUAGCUGUUGAAACAACUGGUUGUAGUAAAAGAGGAUCUCGAUGUGAUGCUGGCGACUCCAACGGCACGCACUGCAAAACUGGAGCUGCUCUCGUGAACUUCCACGCUUACUCAAAAACUGAGGAUCAAAAAAUAAAAAUUGAAAUUGAAAAUGAACACAUAGCUUUAAACUCCUGUUCUCACAAUGAUGAGUCUGUGAAGGUGGAACUUACUUGCCUAUACUAUUUACAGCUUCCUGUCGAUGAGAAAGCUAAAGGUCUGUUGCCGAUCAUUCAUCAUUUGGAAUAUGGUGGAAGAGUUCUGAAACCAUUGGAUUUAUAUGCGACUCUCAGGGGCUCUUCUCAAAAUGUUGUUAUUGAAGCUUCCAUUAAUGGCUGGGUUCACAAGCGCCUGAUGAAACUAUACAUGGACUGUUGCCAGUCGUUGUCAGAGAAACCCAGUAUGAAAUUGCUUAAGAAAUUAUAUAUUUCGGAGGUAGAGGAUGAUAUCAAUGUGUCAGAAUGUGAACUGCAAGACAUAUCAGCUGCUCCAUUAUUGUGUGCCCUCCAUGUCCACAAUACUGUUGCUAUGUUGGAUCUCUCCCACAAUAUGCUAGGGAAUGGAACAAUGGAGAAAUUGAAACAACUCUUUGCCUCAUCAAGCCAGAUGUAUGGUGCUUUAACUUUGGAUUUGCACUGCAAUCGAUUUGGUCCAACUGCUUUGUUUCAGAUCUGUGAAUGCCCUGUUCUGUUCACUCGGCUUGAAGUCCUCAAUGUGUCCAGGAAUCGACUUACAGAUGCUUGUGGAUCAUACCUCUCAACUAUAGUGAAAAAUUGCCGGGCACUUUACAGCUUGAAUGUGGAACAUUGUUCACUUACAUCAAGAACAAUCCAAAAAGUUGCUAAUGCUUUGGAUUCGGAGUCAGGACUUUCACAACUCUGUAUAGGUUAUAAUAAUCCUGUUUCAGGGAGUAGUAUUCAAAACCUCUUGGCUAAAUUGGCUACUCUAAGCAGCUUUGCAGAACUGAGCAUGAAUGGCAUAAAGCUGAGCAGUCAAGUUGUUGAUAGCCUUUCCGCACUUGUUAAGACUCCAUCUCUGUCAAAACUUUUGGUUGGCAGCAGUGGAAUAGGAACGGACGGAGCUAUAAAAGUCACUGAAUCUCUAUGUUAUCAGAAGGAAGAAACUGUGAAGGUCGACCUUUCAUGUUGUGGACUAACGUCCCCUUUCUUUAUUAAGCUCAACCAAGAUAUUACUCUAACUUCUAGCAUUCUUGAGCUUAAUGUUGGAGGAAAUCCAAUCACCGAAGAGGGAAUCAGUGCACUUGGGGAGCUGCUUAGGAAUCCUUGUUCAAACAUAAAAGUCCUUAUUCUAUGCAAGUGUCAUCUGAAGCUCGCUGGAGUUCUAUGCAUAAUUCAAGCACUUUCAGAUAAUAAGAAUCUUGAAGAGCUUAAUCUUUCUGAGAAUGCUAAGAUAGAUGAGACUGUGUUUGGCCAACCUGUGAAGGAAAGCUCAGUAAUGGUACAGCAAGAACAUGGAACAUGUGAAUCUGUCACCUCAAUGGACAAAGAACAAGAGCUAUGUGAAACCAAUAUGGAGUGUGAUGAUCUCGAAGUUGCAGACAGCGAAGAUGAACAAAUAGAGGAACGAACUGCAACCUCCAGUAGUCUUAGUUUACCACGCAAGAACCAUAUCGUGAAAGAGCUUUCUAUCGCUCUUGCAGUGGCUAACCAGUUGCAGAUUCUGGACCUAAGCAACAAUGGGUUCUCAGUUGAAGCCUUGGAAACAUUAUACAUGUCAUGGUCAUCAUCAAGCUCGCGAACUGGCAUAGCUCAAAGGCAUGUGAAAGAUGAGAUUGUCCAUUUUUAUGUCGAAGGAAAGAUAGGAAAUGGUGGAUCAGAGAAGAAGAACUGUAUCAGAGGAUUGUGGGAUAAAAAGAUUCCGACCGAUCUGCUGCAAGAGAUACUGUCUCGCCUCGGAUUAAAAGCCAACAUACAAGCUUCUCUCGUCUGCAAGACAUGGCUUAAAGAAGCUGUUUCUGUCAGGAAGUUUCAGAGUCGUCCUUGGCUUUUUUAUCCACAGAGAGGAUCGAAAGAGGGAGACUACCUUCUUUUUGACCCAUUACACUCUCAAACAUAUCAGCUCAAGUUUCCAGAGUUAAAGGGCGAUAAACAUAAAUUCUCUUGUUCUAGGGAUGGUUGGUUGCUUGUGAAGAAAGAUAGCCCCUCCGAUGUGAUCUUCUUUCUUAACCCGUUUACCCGGGAGCGCAUCUACUUACCCGAGUUGCCACGGUAUUUCACAGGCCAUUGCUUAACUUUCUCAGCCGCUCCCACAUCAGCUAGUUGUUGCGUUAUCUCCUUCGCUUAUCAACAAAAUUUGGACGUAUUUGUUGUGCUUGAUACUUGGCGCCCUGGUGAUUCUCUAUGGACCACUCGUCGCUUUCCGAAUCGGUCUUAUGGUUACGGAACAGUAACAUGCCACUUCUCCAAUGGUAUGUUCUAUUGUCUAAGUACCAGCGGCAACAUCGGGGUUUUCGACCCCUCUGGUGCAACCUGGAAUGUUAUUCCAGUCAACCCCUGUCCGGUCUUUAGUCGUCGUCGUAACGAUAAACUCGUGAGGCCAGUGUUCAUGACAGAGCAUGAAGGAGACAUUUAUGUUAUGACUACACGCCGCAAAAACAACAGCAAACAGUUGGUGUUUAAACUAAACCUUGAACGCAAUGUAUGGGAAGAGAUGAGAGGACUUGGUGGAUUGACAGUAUUUGCAUGUUACGCUGCCUCUUUGACAAGAGCUGGUCUCUCAGCCGAGGAGAGGAACAGAAUCUAUACAUCGCAUAUCGGUGACUAUGGGAGACUUGGCAUUUACUACCUUGGUUGUGUCAAAUGUUCUCUUCCCGCUUACACUACCUAUUUGUCUAACCGCAGCGCUUGGCUGCAGCCACCUCACAACAACUUUUUUAGUUUGUGACUUCGUCUUUAAGUGUUUUUGUCUUCCAAAGUUUUUUCAUUAAAUAAACAGUUGUGCUUUAU